UGCCAAACUAAAGAAAGGGGAGGUUUAUUGUUGGUUCCCAUCCUAGAAUAGGUACGUGGGUAGCGGGGUUUGCACAAAGCGCCGAGAAUGGCCGGCGCCUAACUCUCGAAUGCGGAAUGUACGGGGAGCACGGCCAACAAUAGAUAGGGGUUGGUAGGAAGCAUCCUGUGAUUGGCCGGCUUGUCUGGAGGAAAAGCGUUUAUGUGAUUCAAAUCACUGUCACAAGAUAAUGUGUUUCCAUAAAAAACACAUCAGGCAGAGAGCAAGAACGUCUUUACACAUACACACAUCUCCCAAAUAGUAUUGCCAGAAACGGGCCCUUCGAGAGCAUGGCGGCUAAACAAGCGCCAGAAGAGAUGUCUUGGGUUAGAAUAAAGAAGGGCGCGUAUGUGAGAGCAGGCCUGCGCGCUUAUGCUUCCAUGUGUGCGAGUGUGCGUGGGCGACGUCUAGUAUAUAACAUCACGGUGAGGAUUCUGCGAUGGUGCUGUUCGGAGAGACUAUCUAGACACAUCGGCAAUAGCAAGCCUUCCGAUUCCUUCCUUCCCACGUUCCCACGUAACCAUCCAACACCCUAUCACAUUCUUAAAUAUCAAAAAGCACCAGAAGACCUAGCCAAGAUGGCCAAUCGACUCAGGGUCAUGCGGAAAAGACGGGCCAGGUCGCUACGAAGCAAGAUUAUCGAAUAUGCCGACCUAUUCAACCUAAGAGUUGCUCUGAUUGCCCAAGACGAGAUAAGUGGGGAGUACGAGAUAUUCCAAUCAAAGCUAGACAAGAACUUCCCUCCUGCGAGGAGCAAUAUUAAACCUCGGACACUGCAUGUUGGUCCCGAGGACAAGACCGGAGUCGAAACGGGCGCAGCCAAGCGUGGCAAUGAUCUCCAGGCGAAGAUGAGGCGGAUAGAGAGGCAGAUUUUGCAAACCAAAGUGCCCAAGCCACCUAGAUUUCAACGUCCUAGUUUUUCAAAGCUAGGAUUACACUAGACGGGGGACUGUAGAAUAGAGCAAGCGUAAUACCAUAAUUAAAUACUUAUUAUUUAUUAACUAAUUAUAAAUGAUA